AUGUGCGACAUCACCUUCGUGAGCCGCGCGUCUGACGGUCUUCUCCUCGCAGAGACCUGGGACGAGUCGGCGAAUCCGCAGCUGCACGCGCUGAAGCAGCAGGCCAAGCAGGUGCUGAAGCGCAUCGGCAACGGACCGAGCCGAUGCUCCGUCGACGCAGGCCCCUACAAAUACCAUUACUUGAUAGAAGAUGGCGUGGCGUUCAUGACCGUUUGCGGCGGGUCGUAUCCGAAGAAACUCGCGUUUUCGUUCUUGGAGGACGUUCAGCGGGCGUUUCAAGAGGAGCUGCAGACCUCGUUCGGCACGCAUGCCGUCGACUACCGCUCCAUCAUCGAGACAAUUGAAAAGCCGUACUACUUCGUGAAGUUCGAUCGCAUCAUACAGCGAAAGAAGCAAGACUACCGCGAUCCUGACUCGAGCCGCGCGCUCAACAAGCUGAACCAGUCCCUCACUGAGGUUACGGGGAUCAUGCGACAAAACAUCGAAGACAUUCUGCAGCGUGGCGAAAACCUCGAAGACGUCGGUCGGAAAGCCAGCGACCUGAAGGACGCGUCGGCGAAGUUUAAGGGCCUGGCUAAGGCGCUGAGCUUCCGCGCACUGGUGCAGCAGUACGCGCCGCUCCUUGUCGUCAUUCUCUUCUUCGUGAUCCUGUUUUUCUGGAAAUUCUUUCUCUAG